CAAUUGGCGCCAAAGUUCCAAAAUGGCGGCGGAGAAGCUGCGGGGGAAAGUGGGCUCCGCCUUCAAGAUGCACGGCUUGCUGCUCCGCGCUGAAGCUGCUAAAUAUCUCACAGAAGCUCUUCAAACAGCUAAUGAAGUCGAGCUGGAAGACAUGAUAGAAAAUAUAAUCGACGCUGUCGAAAAACAGCCUUUGACAUGUAACAUGAUUGAAAAGUCCAUGGUGGAAGCAGCCGUUCUGGAGUGCAGCCAGUCUGUAGACGAAACCAUGGAACACAUCUUCAACAUCAUCGGAGCUUUUGAUAUCCCGCGAUAUGUUUACAAUUCGGAGAGAAAGAAAUUUCUACCCCUCUCGAUGACCAGCCACCCUCCGCCCAGUCUGUUAGGCUCUGCCAGGGAUAAAGCAGAAUUAUUCCGGGAGCGUUAUGUCAUCUUGCAGCAGAGAACCCACAGGCAUGAAUUGUUCACACCGUCGGCUAUCGGUGCGCUCCCAGAGGAAGGCAGGAGUAAAUUCCAGCUCAAAACCAUAGAGACUCUCCUGGGCAGCUCAGCCAGAAUUGGGGAAGUGAUCGUCCUUGGGAUGAUAACGCAGCUGAAGGAGGGCAAGUUUUUCUUGGAAGACCCCACCGGCAUUGUCCAGCUGGACAUCAGUAAAGCACAGUUCCACAGCGGCUUAUAUACAGAAUCGUGCUUCGUUUUAACGGAAGGAUGGUAUGAAGAUGAGGUCUUUCACGUCAAUGCUUUCGGGUUCCCCCCGACAGAACCUUCUGCUACAACAAGGGCCUAUUAUGGAAACACCAACUUCUUUGGAGGCCCUUCCUCGACCUCGGUCAAGGCUUCGGCCAAGCUGAAGCAGCUGGAGGAAGAGAACGAAGACACCAUGUUUGUCUUCCUUUCAGACGUUUGGCUGGACCAGGCAGAGGUCUUGGAGAAGCUCCGCAUGAUGUUUUCAGGUUACUCCGCUGUCCCUCCAACGUGUUUUUUUUUCUGCGGCAACUUCUCCUCGGCCCCAUAUGGGAAGAACCAGAUCCAGUCACUGAAAGGUUCUUUGAAAGCCCUUGCAGAUAUAAUCUGCGAGUUUCCCAGUAUCCAUGAGAGCAGUCGAUUUGUGUUCGUUCCUGGCUCUGAAGAUCCUGGCCCAGGCUCCAUCUUGCCCAGGCCUCCCCUCACAGAGAGCAUCACCCAGGAAUUUCGGCAGCAAGUGCCAUGUUCGGUUUUCACAACAAACCCUUGCAGGGUCCAGUACUGCACACAGGAAAUAAUCAUCUUCCGAGAAGACUUGGUAAACAAGAUGUGCCGGAACUGUGUCCGGUUUCCUAGCAGCAACUUGGAUAUUCCUAAUCAUUUUGUCAAGACGGUGUUGUCCCAGGGCCACCUGAGCCCCUUGCCUCUGAGCGUCAGCCCCGUCUUCUGGGCCUACGACUACACCUUACGGACCUAUCCUCUGCCGGAUGUGAUCGUCUUCGCCGACAAAUACGACCCGUUCACAGUGACAAACACCGAGUGCCUUUGUAUAAAUCCCGGAUCUUUUCCAAAGAGCGGCUUUUCGUUUAAAGUAUACUACCCAUCAAACAAAACAGUUGAAGACAGCAAACUUCAGGGUCUUUGAAGCCAAGGAGGAGCAAAUCAAUGUCCUGGUUUUGAUACUAUUUGAGCCCUGCUUCUGUGGAUGACAAAUUACUACAACAUGUAGAUUCUUUGAAGGGUGCAAAUCCUCAAAUAAAAGGUAUGAAAUGAGGAUGCAGUAUAUUUGGAUCCUGGGAAUUGAAGAUCCCACAGAAGACCAAGAUCUCAAUGGACUUCCAUUUAAACCGAAAAGGAGAAGCCCUGGAAGAAUGGGAUUUCAGGCAUUUUUCUUCCCAUCUGCCCUCACGCAUCAUUGAAAUGAGUAGCAUCGCAAGCUGCACAAAUUUGAUUUGAAACCUGGGAGAGAAAUGGGAGUAGAUGGAAGGAAUGGAAGAGAUAAGAAAGUGGAUUGAGACUGAAUUCCUUGCUGCUGCAGAGGCUCAUUUGUUUCCUCUCUAGUCUCAUAUGCAGAAGUCUGUGGUCCAUUAUGGUUGGCUACUACUGUGAUUGGCCACCCAUACACCAUCCAAACUGCCAUGUUAUAGCAGUUUCACACCACUUUUAACUGCCGUGGCUCUGUCUCGAGAUUUGAAGCUUGUGACAUCAGAGCUCUCCCACACAAAAGGGUAAAUGUUUCACAAAACUACAACUCCCAGCAUUCCACAGCACUGGACUACAACAGUGAAUGUGGUGCCAUAACUAUCAGUUAAAUCAGAGUAACUUCAUAUUCUUAAUUUAUAUAUUUGAUAUUUUUUUUUCAGUGUAUGUACAAUGAUUUAUGUAACAAUUCCAAUAAAGUGUUUAGUUUAA